AUGGUUCGCAAGAAACUUAAGAAAGAUCCUGGUAUACCGAAUUUGUAUCCGUUUAAAGAUCAACUCUUGAAUAAAAUCGAACAGCAGAAAAUAAAACUUGAAGAUGAAAAACAACGACAAGCGAGUGCACGAAAUUCAUUGUUCGAUAAGAAUCGAAAUUUAAAUUUUACGUCGCUUGCUAAAGAUGUAUCUAACCGCAAUAUAGUUUUUGAUAAUGAUCAUAAUUCUGAGGAUGAAGAGGACGGAGUAAUAGCAUCUGUAGAUGCGGCCGCUGUUGGACAAAAAGAUAACUCUCGCAAAGCAUAUUAUAAAGAAUUUCGUAAAGUUCUUGAGACAGCUGAUGUGAUUUUGGAGAUAUUAGAUGCUCGCGAUCCUUUGGGCUGCAGAACUAAACAAGUUGAAAAGAUGAUAAUAGAAAGUGGGUCUACCAAAAGAAUCAUUUUGGUGUUGAAUAAAAUCGAUCUUGUUCCCAGAGAAAAUAUAACCCAAUGGCUUAUAUAUCUCCGUAAAGAAUUUCCAACAGUUGCUUUUAAAUCCUCCACUCAAUCACAACGAAAGAAUCUCGGACAUUCUUCUUCAUCGGUGUCUACCGCAUCAAAUAAUAUAAUAAAACACAGCAAUGAAUGUUUAGGUGCUGACACACUUAUUACGCUUCUUAAAAAUUACUCUCGAAGUUUGAAUAUAAAAACUUCAAUUACUGUUGGAGUAAUCGGUUUUCCAAAUGUCGGAAAAUCCUCUGUUAUUAAUUCCUUAAAACGGUCCAAGGUUUGUGGUGUAGGUGCCUCGCCAGGGUUAACAAAGUCUGCACAAGAGAUUCACUUGGACAAGAAUAUAAAGUUAUUGGAUUGUCCUGGGAUUGUAUUUACUCGUAAUCAGUGGGGUGACGGGCAUGCGGAAAUUUUGUUAAGAAAUUGUAUCAAAGUCGAACUAUUAGAUGACCCUAUUCCACCUGUUGAACUAAUCGUUUCUCGUUGUAAACCUGAACAACUAAUGAACAGAUAUAGUGUUCCAAUGUUCAGGCAUACUAACGAAUUCCUUUUACAUCUAGCCCGCCAAAGGGGCAAAUUAAGACGUGGUGGCAUCCCUGAUCUUGAUUCUGCGGCAAAGAUAGUUUUGCACGAUUGGAAUUCUGGCAAGAUACCAUAUUAUACUGUACCACCAACAGCUGCAAAAGAUAAUGUGAUUCUUGGUAGUACGAUCGUUUCAACAUGGAGUAAAGAGUUCAACUUGGACGAGGUGUGCAAUGAGAGUGAAGAUCAAACUAUUCUUGCUAGUGUGAAGACUAAGAAUGAUUUUGGAAGUUCUGCUAUUGUGACGACCGGAAAGUUUCCGGAAAUAGAGAUGGAUGAUUUUAUUGACAACGAUGACUCUCAAAGGGAAGCAAAGGAUAUAGUUACAGUUUAUAAUGUAACUUUAUAUGAGGUUAUGAACCUUUAUCGUGGGUUGGGUUUAUCGAGAGAAUAUGUGCCUUUUUACAACAGCGAUGAAGCUCCAGAAGCAAUUCCAAUGGAAGUUGAAGAAAAAUCAACGGAGCUUGUUGUGCCUCAAAUGAAGCCCAAGACAGUUACUUUUGCUAACCCCCCUCAGCAGAUUUUCUCAAAAUUAGAGUUAGAACUUAAUCCGCAAGUGAAUAAAAAUAAAAAAAAAGAGUCUAAAAAGGCGAAGAAAGCGUCUAAAAAGAAGGAUCAAAUGAAAUCUGACGAUUCGAUUCACAUGGAAGAUGUAGUUAAACAGGACGAUGGAUCAAAUCAUCACACACAAGAUAUGGGAAAAACCAAAAAUGAAGAAGAUCGUUAUGAUUUUUCCGAAUUUUUUGGAAAAUUAUCCUAG